ACCGCCGGUAAUUCACUAGUAUCUUUACCGACUGUGGCAAUUAUAGCUGAAAAUUUUGUCAGCCGUUUUCGGAGCAUCGUCCGACACUUGUGUUAGGAGCAUAAACACGAUAAAAUGAGUUUGUGGGUUGACAAAUAUCGUCCAACGACACUUGCGAAGUUGGAUUAUCAUCUUGAACAAGCGGAGGACUUGAAGAAUAUGGUGCAGAAACGAGACUUUCCACAUUUAUUAGUACAUGGGCCGUCUGGUGCAGGAAAGAAAACUCGAAUAUUAUGUAUUUUAAAAGAGCUUUACGGAGUUGCGGCUGAGAGAUUAAAAAUCGAAAACAUGCAGUUUGAGACGCCGUCUAAAAAGAAAUUAGAAAUAUUGACAAUAAGCAGUAAUUAUCAUACGGAAGUAAAUCCGAGUGAUGCAGGAAUAUACGACAGAAUUGUCGUCAUGGAAUUAAUAAAAGCGACUGCGCAAACGCAUCACAUAGACAUAGGCCAGAAGGAGUUUAAAGUGGUGCUGCUGUCAAACGUGGAUCAGCUGACGAGGGAUGCGCAGCACGCACUUCGCAGGACAAUGGAAAAAUACAUCAACACGUGCAGGCUGAUUCUUUGCGCGAACUCAACGUCGCGAGUCUUACCGGCGAUCCGUUCGCGAUGCGUGCGAAUCCGAGUCCCCGCACCAACCGCCUCGGAGAUGAAAAGUAUUUUACACUCGAUUUGCAAACGCGAGGGACUUACCCUACCCGAUGAAUUAGCCAAUCGGGUGGUUGAGGCUAGCAAUAGAAACCUCCGACGAGCAAUAUUAAUGCUCGAGGCUUGCAAAGUCGAGCAAUAUCCAUUCACUGUCGAUCAAAAGAUAUCGGAACCGGAUUGGCAAGUAUACAUACGCAAUACAGCUAGUAUGAUGGUCUCCGAACAAUCCCCCAAAGUGCUUCUGGAGAUACGCAAUAGAUUUUACGAGCUAUUAACGCGUGCUAUACCGUGCGAUUUAAUCUUCAGAGGAUUGUUGCAAGAGUGUAUAAAAAACUGCGACGAUCAGAUGAAGAGAGAAGUUAUUGAUGUCGCAUCGGACUACCAGCACAGAAUGAUACGUGGUUCAAAACCAAUAUUUCACUUGGAAGCUUUCGCUGCGCGAUUUAUGGUGAUUUACAAGAAAUACAUUGAAUCAUCUUUAGACGGUUUCAUAUAAAAUUGUCUGUUGACUUUUUAGAUCUAUGUGUAAAAUACAUAUUUUUUAUAUCUUUGAUCAAAUGGGCAUAUAAUACAGUAAAUUCUUUAUCUAAUUGUGUUUCUUACUCAUCUAAAUAGCAUAAAUUCAAGCCAUAUAGAUUUCAUGUAACUAUUUCUGUAAAUGUACAAGCUCUUAUCUCGCUUUCCGCAUUUUGUAAUUGUGCUAAGAGUUUAUGAAUUUUAAUUCUCGAUUUCCUUUCUUAUUCGUUGUGCUUUAAAGCUUGGAUACUACCUUUGUACAAAAAUUAACAAACUAUGCAUAUUUAAUUCUUAAUUAGAGUACGAAGGAGUAAACAUACAUAAGUUUUAAUAAAUUAUUUUAUUCUGUAA